CUCGUCCUUAUCCUCGGUGUUCUUGCUGUUGUAAAGGCUGUAAAAUUUGAUCUGGUUGCAGUUACUCCUGACCGUGCCAAGGAAAACAAGAGAUGUCUUUCUCAGUAUGUUCCUAAAGACACAAUGAUUUUGGCUACAGUCCGUAUUGGCCAAGGUUACAACCAGCGUAUAGACCUUGAGAUUGCAGAUGACAGCGCUACUCCCACCGUCUAUGUGUCCAAGAAAGACGUCUCAAAUGAACUCCGCAAUGCCUUCAAUACUCAUUCAGAUGGUGUUGUCAGCAUUUGCUUUACUAAUUCUCUUUCUGAAGGCUUCCAUGAAUCUCCCGAAUAUCUUCGUACUGUUGAUCUUGACUUUAACGUCGGUGCCGAAGCUAUGGAUUUCGAGAAGAUCGCCAAGGCUGAGAAGCUUAACCCCCUUGAGUUAGAACUUCGUAAGCUUGAGACUGUAGUUAAGGAAAUUGUGGAUGAGAUGAACUAUCUGAAGAGACGUGAAGCCCGUAUGAGAGACACCAACGAAUCCACCAACAACCGUGUUAAAUGGUUCAGCAUAUUGUCCCUGUUCACCCUUAUUGGACUGGGAACAUGGCAAAUCCUUUACCUUCGUCGCUUCUUCAAGAGAAAGAGACUCAUCGAC